AUGCACCCAGACUAUAUCGACUAUGACCCAGUGUCCACGUUUCUAUCUGAUUCCGAGAACACAUCCGAAGAUACGGGCAUUGAUAGCUCUCUUAGGAAGCAUAAAGUAACAUUACUGGAUGUGGACGAUCUUGAGGAACGAGGGCCAUUGCUAUCCGAAUAUAUGUGCCCAAUUUGUUAUUGCCCGCCUCGAAACGCGGUAGUUACUCUGUGUGGACACAUCCUUUGUGGUCCAUGUCUACACGGCGCUGCAACGGCGCGUCAAUCUGCAGGCCAACCGCUCUGCCCUGUUUGCCGAACGCCUAUACCGAGCUUACGAUUUGCACUUCCGUCCAUCGAGUUCAACCUGAAUCCAAAUGUUCCACUUAACGUUAUGAACUGGGACCAGACAUUCAGCGCAAACGCCAACAACAAGGACAGUGUGGAGGACAAAUGGGACCCAAUGCGAUCCGGAGUGAUCGGAUUGGAGAUAUUGACGGUUAACAAGAUCUAG